AUGUUUGGGAAAAAGAAAAAGCGGUUGGAGAUCUCUGCGCCGUCGAACUUCGAGCAUCGCGUUCACACCGGAUUCGACCCGCGGGAGCAGAAGUUCACCGGCCUGCCCCAGCAAUGGCAGAGCCUGCUGGCCGACACUGCCAACCGACCCAAGCCCAUGGUGGACCCCUCGUAUAUCACCCCCAUCCAGCUGGCCCCAAUGAAGAUAUCUCCCAAGAAAGUGCGGCCGUCCGAAACGCCUUUGGUUAAAACCAUCGUCCGAGGAAACCGACCGCCCAAAGAUGCUUCCAUUAAUGGUUUGCUGGAGGAGUUCGACAACAUCUCAGUGACGCGUUCCAACUCGUUGCGAAAGGAAAGUCCUCCGGGUGCGCACCAGGCUGGACCCUCCUCCAAACCCCUCAUCGGCAGCCUCCCGGGGGGUCCGGAAGAGAACGGAUUCAGCCACUACUACUCCCGCUACUCCUGUGACCUGGACUCGUCAAGCCGGGACUUCGUGCUCGAUCCUGGCAAACCUAGCUUUUCCAUAGACGGCGAAUGGGGCGUCGGAAGGCAUUAUAGACUCACCAAACAAAAUGGACAUCCGAUACGCAGUCAUUUUUACCCAGACGUGAUGCCGCAAAAGUCGGACUACGGCAAACUUCCGCCGGAUUAUCACACGUACCUGGAAAGCAAAGGGAGAUCGGCAGAUGAAGUGGCCUCGACGGUGGGAAGCGGGGUGGGGUCGAGCGGAUACUAUCGGGCAUCUGUUGGGGGCUCUUCCAGUCAGGACUACAGGGACACUUCUGUUGGGACUCCGUCAAGAGCUUCUCUGCACAGCGAACAGAUCACAUACCCGGACAGCGAAUGGAGUUACGGAGGCGACUAUGACAAACGGCCCAAGAGCUCCUACGUGUCGCAAACCAGUCCCACGCCUGCCAUCAGACAGAGGUCCAGGUCUGGGUCUGGGCUACAGGAACCAAAUGUCCCCUACGCAGCCAGUGGGGCACUAAGGAACGCUUCACAGCCGCAUUCCUACAGCUCGUACACCUACCCAAGGCUUUCGGAAAGUCUGGCCAACUCGCAGACACUCGGCAAGAGUGAUUACGAACGUCAGUCGCGCGACAUCAGCCCUCAGGUGCUGAGUGGAGACACGUACCCGCGCGGGCCUCUCAAACUACCUCAGAGCCACCCUAAGCCUCCCGGGUAUCCCCCAGCCCACCUGCCCUACCCGCCUGUGUUCCACCACUACAAGCCCUCCCCCUACCACCACCCGCCUUCCCAGCCCAGCCCGCCCUAUACGCCGCAGGGUGCGUACUCCCAGCCUUCGUCGCCCUACAUCCCCCCAGGUGCAUACCCUCCUCCCUCGUGGGGCUCCAGCUCAGACACACAGCCCUCCAGAGUGUCCCACGAACAGUUCCGAGCCGCACUGCAGCUGGUUGUCAAUCCUGGUGACCCCCGGGAGUACCUGGACAGCUUCAUUAAGAUCGGGGAGGGCUCCACGGGGAUCGUGUGCAUCGCCAGCGAGAAGCACAGCGGCAAACAGGUGGCAGUGAAGAAGAUGGACCUGAGGAAACAGCAGAGACGAGAGCUGCUCUUCAACGAGGUGGUGAUUAUGCGGGACUAUCACCAUGACAACGUGGUGGACAUGUACAACAGUUACUUGGUCGGGGACGAGCUGUGGGUCGUCAUGGAGUUUUUGGAGGGAGGAGCGCUCACCGACAUCGUCACUCACACCAGGAUGAACGAGGAGCAGAUUGCCACAGUGUGCCUGUCGGUGCUCAGAGCGCUGUCGUACCUCCACACUCAGGGCGUGAUCCACCGGGACAUCAAGAGCGACUCCAUCCUGCUCACCAGCGACGGCCGGAUCAAGCUGUCGGACUUUGGCUUCUGUGCACAAGUGUCCAAAGAGGUGCCCAAGAGGAAGUCUCUGGUGGGGACUCCGUAUUGGAUGGCCCCAGAGGUGAUCUCCCGGCUCCCGUACGGCACAGAGGUGGACAUCUGGUCUCUGGGCAUCAUGGUGAUCGAGAUGGUGGAUGGAGAGCCUCCGUACUUCAACGAGCCUCCUCUGCAGGCCAUGAGGAGGAUACGGGACAACCUGCCUCCUCGACUCAAGGACUCUCACAAGGUUUCAUCCGUGCUGCGCUCCUUCUUGGACCGAAUGCUUGUGCGCGAGCCGUCCCAGCGCUCCACGGCCCAGGACCUGCUGCAGCACCCCUUCCUUAAGAUGUCGGGACCCCCCUCCUGCAUCGUGCCCCUGAUGCGCCACUACCGGCACCGCUGA